AUGGUAUACAUCAUUGGAGGAGACGGAACUCUACGAGGGGCAGUGAAGAUAUUCAAUGAAAUCCAACGGCGGAAACUAAAUGUAGCAGUCGUCGGAAUCCCGAAAACAGUAGACAACGACGUCGGAAUCAUUGACAGGUCAUUCGGGUUCCAAACCGCGGUGGAGAUGGCCCAAGAAGCCAUAAGCGCGGCCCACGUGGAGGCGGAGAGUGCACCGAAUGGGAUCGGGCUAGUGAAACUGAUGGGGCGUCACUCCGGGCACAUCGCCCUGGAUGCAACCCUAAGCAGUUGCGAUGUUGAUUGUUGUUUGAUCCCGGAAAACAAGUUUUAUCUGGAAGGGAAAGGGGGUUUGUUUGAGUUUCUUGGUAUUCGUUUGAAAGAACACGGACAUGCAGUGGUGGUGGUGGCGGAAGGGGCGGGGCAGGAUAUUAUUCCGAGGAGUGAUUCAGAGAAGCAAAAGACGGAUGAAUCAGGGAAUCCGGUGUUCUUAGAUGUUGGGGUGUGGUUGAAUUCGGAAUUGAAGAGAUGGUGGGAGAGAGAUCAUAAAGGGGAGUUGUUUACAGUCAAGUACAUAGAUCCGACUUAUAUGAUACGAGCUGUUACUGCGAAUGCAACUGAUAACUUGUAUUGUACGCUUUUGGCACAUUCCGCCAUUCAUGGGAUUAUGGCCGGGUAUACGGGAUUUGUCACCGGUCCGAUCAACGGGAACUACGCUUACAUUCCGAUGGAGGACGUGGCUCAGGCCAAGAGUCCGGUUGGGACCAAAGACCAUAAAUGGGCUUGGGUUCGAUCCAUCACAGCUCAGCCUGAUUUUCAGUUCACUACAUAG